AUAGUUGCUGGUUGGGCUGCCUUUAUUACUACCCCAAGCUAGCUCUUAUCUCAAAAAAAAUGAGAGCUAUUAAAAAUAAAAAGAAAGAAAGAUCCUUAAUGGGCACCCACGAAGCAACUUCUCCAUGCUUCUACAAGCCAUGGGAUUUUGCUAGAACAAGAAUCUCCAUGCUUCUACUUGCAUGCAUACCACUUCCACCACCAACCCCCAUAAAUAACAGCCUUCACAGGGUGACACUCAAGUCCUCUUCUUGUUCCUCUGUUUCGUCUCUGUUCCAAUUAGGCAGCCAUCAAAAAACCCAGCGAAUUUGGUGGAUCAUUAACAGAACAGGAAAGCCAAAAUGCAAUCAAGGGUAGCGGCCAAAAUGCAACGAUGGGUUCUCUCUCUAGCCCAUAACCAAGCUCUCCGCAGAGGACUUUCAUCCUCCCGAUCGGCGGGUCGCACUGCUGACCCUGAUAUUCAUUCCGGAGAAGUCGAAGCUGGACCUGAUGUAUAUUACAGAAAAAACGAAGGUCAUGGAAGUGUGGUGGAUGGUGAUGAUGCGGCCAAGCAAGAAUUAGAACACAAAGCCCAUAAAGAAACCGGGCCAUUGAAGCCUCCAAGAACACCUUUUGCUUCUUCUCCGAGGCUGGAAAGCACUGAGGUCUCACCCCAACCCCCGGACCCUGUUGUUCAGCAAAAGCGUAGCCAUGCAACUACAAGCGUAGAAGAUGCCAGUCACGAAGGAUUUGAAGGCACGCCAUGGCCAAAAGACAAGGAAAAAGAGCAGAGAGACAGGAACGAACAGGUGGAUGAUGACAGAGAAUACUUCAAGCAUCACAAGGCCUCGCCGUUGUCGGAGAUCAAAGUAGUCGAUACGAGGAAGCCGUUGACGAGGGCAACUGAUGGGACAGCGGAUGCCGACGAGGAUAGCGAUCAUGGCGCAGACGUAAUUGGGUGGAGGCCUGAGCAGCUCGACACGGCAGAGGAGGCGCUUAGGAGGGCCGUCGAGAUAUUUAGGCAGAAUGCCAUGCGUGGUGAUCCGGAAACGUAUCCCCAUUCCAGGGUUCUUAGAGAGCUUCGUGGUGAAUGGUUUUGACAUGAAUUGCACCUCGUAUGCAUGCGAUCGACUCUUAUAUAUAAUGUGUAAAUUGGUAGUUUGCUAGCUGAAAAAA